AUGCCGGCCUCACCUGAGUCGCCCGUCACGCCGCAGACUGGGCGGCCCCGCGCCGAGACCCACGACCGGGCCACCACGGCGGGAGCAGAAGAGCGUCUGGCAGCGCCGAUCCGGAGCGGCCCGGGGAGGCCGGGAGGCGGGGUCCCGCCGCCACGCCCCCGUCGCGGCGUCCCGCCCCCACCACCUGGGCGAGCCCCGCCCGGUCCCCGCCACCUGGAGGAGCCUCGCUUCCGCAGCCGCGGUGGGGACAGGGGCGUCCGGAACCGCAGCUCCCCGUUUCCUCUCCGCCUCGCGGCCCCUCGGCCGCCCCUCUCUACUUCCGGCGCGGGACCCCCACCUCCUGUCCCCGCACACCUCUCGCGCCUGAAACUGUGGGCCUUCGCGGGGCUGGCCGAGAGUUCCCACCGUGACCUGGCGCCGCCCGGGCCCGGGUCCUUGAGGUCGCACGGUCCGCGCCCCCUCCCCGGCACUCCCCCGCCCGCUCCCUCGCGUCCAAUCCGCCGCCGAGUUCCAAGCCACGCCCUGGUCCGACCCCGCUCCUCAGCCCGGACCCCAGCCCCUCCUCGGCUUCGCCGGCCGAAAGCCACCGCACGCCUGGCCCCAGCUGACUGUCCACUCGCGCUCAGGUUUCUCGGAAUGCCUCCCUUCUCAGCGCUGUUCCCUGCCCGGCCCACGCCUGUGGCAGCCCUGGACUCCCACGUCCCAGAGCACACAGCCCUAUUGUCCCGGUUAUCUGCACUUUGUUUUAAGUGUUUGAUUUCGCAGGACCGGAUCGCGGCGGAGCUCUGGGAGGGCCGGCCCGUGUGCCUCAGCCCGGUGUCCAGGCACAGCCUCUACCCCCUGUACGUGCUCCGGGGUGUACUGAGAUGA